AUGCAGAUGAAGUUGUCUUCCUUGCUCUUGGCUUGCUUCUGCCUCCUCUUUUUCUUCCAAGACCUCGCACUCUGUCAGAACCCCAGCGGCCAGCUAGACGAUGCCAAGUGUGACGUAGAGAGCGUGGAGACGGCCAACACGGAGCAGCUGCACAGGAUUCUGUCCGAGCUGGUGAACACGACCUACUUCCGUCUGAUGCACAUCAAGCUCGACGGGAAGUGCCUCUACUUCGAUCAGGCAGUGUCUGAAGCUAAGUGCGCCUCCACCCAGCAGGAUUCGUUCUCGAGCUGGGCUUCUUCCUUCAGCUCUCCUGCUCCCCCUGUUAAGGAAGGAGGCCUGUGCUCGCUGGACGUGGGGAAUAGAAACGAGGAAAGUUCGCAGUCGUCCAACCCCUUCGAUUUCGGUCGUCCAAUCACGAACAAAGUUGACAAGACGAUCUCGAAAGCUGAAUCAGAGUCUCUUUUGACCAAGGAUGAGAGUUGUAAUGACCCGUCUGUUCCUGACUUUUGGCUGGACAUGUGUCGAAACAUUCCCACAAAUGCAUCGGAAUAUGUAAACCUGCGGCUGAACCCCGAGAGGUGGACAGGAUACAACGGGUCUCACGUGUGGGACGCGAUUUACAACGAGAACUGUUUUGAGCAACUUGGGUCUUUAGACGAGAUGUGCUACGAGGAGAGAGUGCUAUACCGCCUUCUCUCAGGCAUGCACGCCUCGAUCAAUAUUCACAUCUCGCUAUCAUAUUUUCCUCCAUCCAAGAGCCAAAACCGAAGCAACUGGGAGCCGAAUCCUGAGAGGUUCAUCAAUCAAUAUGGGAGCAGACCCGAGUAUCUCAAGAAUCUUCACUUUGCAUUUGUGGUUCUUCUCAGAGCUCUUCGCCGCGCUUCUCCAUUCUUGUACAACCAUCACUUUGUGACCGGAGAUGAUCAAGGCAGAAGGCAGAGCACGGACGACGCUCACACAACCAUGUUGAUCAGAAGACUUCUAGAUUCCAGCGUCAUGAGCAGCUGUCAAAAGGUCUUCGACGCGUUCGAUGAGUCGCUCAUGUUCUCGAUGGAUGGAGAGCCUUCAGUGAAGACUACACUCAAAAGUCAAUGGAAAGGAGUUUUUCAUAAUAUCUCAAGCGUUAUGGAUUGCAUCUCUUGCCAGAAAUGCCGCUUGCACGGAAAGAUUCAACUUCUUGGUCUCGGAACAGCUCUCAAGGUUCUUCUACUUCCUGAGCAGCUCAUCAUGGCUUCGCUUGAACGUGCAGAGAUUGUGGCUCUUUUUAACACUCUAUCGAAGUUUUCGACGGCCAUCAGAGGAAUCCAAACGUUGACGAACAAGUUUUACGAAUAUCAGACCCUUUACAAGUCUGACGUCCUAGAUGACUCGAUCGUCACGAGCAGAUCAGCUCAGGGUCCUUCCUUGCAGAGCAAGAGCUCCCAGCAAGUUGAGCCUCCUCCUUCCUCUGAUCGACAGACUUCCCAGACUGCUGCGUUAGUUGAUCGCGCAAUCGGCGCUGUUGCGGCAGCCGCCAAGGCGGGCAAGUUGAGCAUGCAAGUGGAGCAGAAGUUGUUAGAUGCGCUUCUUCGUCACGACAGCACAGCCCUCCUUCUCGCCAAGCACUUCAUCGAUGGCAACAGCACAAAUCGCUUCUUGGUGCAUGCGGAAAGAAACCUCCACCUCAUGGACUCCUCUUCCUCUUCCGUCACCUCCUUUUCAACUACAGACACCGACACCUCGGAACUCGAUGCCCUCAAGCAAGGUAAAGAUGGCGCUACAACAGCUGACGACACAAGCCAGCAACGAAUCACUUCUGAGGAGCUCGCAAACCAUGCUACUGAGGAGAGCUGCUGGGUUUCGAUCAAUCAGAAGGUGGAGGAGGAGGUUUACGACUUCACACAGUUUCUGCCGGAGCAUCCAGCAGGAUCAGAGGCGAUUCUGCGUAUUGCUGGAAAGGACGCAACGAGCGAGUACUUCGCUGUGCACACUGCCGAGAUGUUGACGGACUUCAAGCCCAUUGGCGUCCUUGCAUAG